UUAAGGAAUCGCACUUGUAGCCUUCACUGAGGUCCUCGUUAUCCACCCCUACCCUCUUAUCAAACUUACAGCCCACCCUUCCCCAACUACCCAACCCUCAUACCCCGCCCAGAAUCCGGGCAGCUUUCUGUGGAAAUGAGAACAAGCGCAGAUCCAGAAUCCGCUGCGCUCCUCUAACGGGUUGGGACCAGAGGGUGAGCUGAACGAAUGUGUCUGAGACUCAAUUGCUUGGCCGUUUUCACGUUAUUGAACGCCGUGAGCUUCCAGCGAGCCUGAACUUGACCAUAUCUGCAGCUCUGGCUGCCAUGACACAGAAGUGAAGACAUGACACCGUGAUUACUGUGAGCAGACUGCUGAGUGAUAACCAUGAAUUGGAAAUCAGAUAGUUCUAAGAUCAUGCAGUAUCUGUUAAUUUUUGCAAGUCUGAUUACAAUGGUGAUCCUCUUCAACAUGACACUGAAGUCAAAUCUUCCUUACAGCAUGGAAGAAAAGGACUGCAAAAUUGGGUAUUCUGCAAUGUACAGUCAACGUGUUAUAUUAAAUUUCACAAGAAACACAGAGUUAUUCUUAAGUUUAAAUGAUGUUUGGUGGAAGGAGAAAAGCAAUCCCAUCCAUGAAUUACCAUAUGGAAUUAAAGGCACUGAACAAUCAAUUAACAGGAUAUUGGCCAAAAUACAUUAUGACAUGCCUGAAAAUAUAAAGAGGUUGGCUUGUAAAAGAUGCGCUAUCAUUGGUAAUGGAUACACUCUGAGGAACAGCUCCCUCGGAGAAACAAUCAACAAAUACGAUGUUGUCAUUCGAAUAAAUGAUGCUCCCGUCCGAGGCUACGAGAAGGACGUUGGCAACAAAACCACGCUGCGUUUCUUUUACCCUGAAUCAGCAGGUUUCAUGCCCGAGAUUGAAAACAAUCCCAACACACUUCUUGUGUUUUUACCCUUCAAGCAAGUGGAUGCUCGUUGGCUCAGUGCAAUCCUGUAUAAUGAGAAAAGAACAAGCAAAGGAUUCUGGAAGCCUCCACCCUUAGUAUGGGAAGCAAAUCCUUCUAAUAUCCGAAUCCUCAACCCAUAUUACAUACACCAAGCUGCGACCAAAUUAUUGAAAAUCCCAUUGAAGGUACCUCCCAGGUCCAAACAGAAACCAGUGCACCCCACCAGUGGCUUUCUAGCUAUUACAGUGGCCUUGAACUAUUGUGAUGAAGUCCAUGUCGCUGGCUUUGGAUAUCCAAUAGCUCAACAAGAUACUCCCAUACACUACUAUGACAAAACUACAAUGAAAGCAAUGACUAACUCUGAGCACAAUAUCACACAUGAGCAGCUGUUUCUGAAGAAACUGGUGGAUGUUGGAGCAAUAAAAUACCUCACUGUUUUGCUGUAGAUUACUAUUUUGGACAGAGUGACGGGUUUGAUUUUUAUUCAUUUUUAAAUGAUUGAGGUUCCUCCUCAGUUGCUAAUGUGGUAUGUUGCCAGAAUCAGCUUGAUUUCUCUUCUGAUGUAUACUGGACAGUAUAUGAGGUGAAUGCUGCCCUCUGCACUGCUAAAAUUACUGCAAUAAAAGGAGAAGGUUCUACCUUGUCCAGUAUGACACUGAAUAUGAAUGGGAGGAAUGGGGCAGCAUUUAAGUAUUGAUUUGAAAGAAGGAUAUUCCAUUGUUUUCGUCAUGCAGGAACGCAUUUCACUACAGAAUGAUUGGCUUACAUUGGUUGUAAUUGGGAAAGUGAUGCACAAUGUAACUGAAGUAAUACAGAUGUCCACUGUGAUUCCUUUUUCCAUGUGCAUUCAGCUGUGGCUAUCUUAAUAAUCUUGUUGCCUCCCUUUCUUAUAUUGAUUCAUCAGAGAAAGCUGUGAUUCAAAUGAUUCCAACUUGUUUGUGUUUGUUCCAUUGGAGUAAGAUUGCUCUGACCAAUUUUCCCAUUUGUUCUGCUCACGUUGAGGGUUUUGAAACCCUUCACAUCUUUUGUAUCAUGGAAUGCUGGUCUGAGCUGUGGUCUGACCAAUUUCAUGCUGGGGAAUUCUCCUUCUGAUCUCCUGGUGUUAUACUGAGGAUCUGGUUCUGACAGCCAAAUCUUGGAGUGAUGUGGUAUUGACUGACGCUGCUGCUCCGUGCUCUGUUAAUUUGUCACUGUAAUCCUUGACUCCAGGUAAGGGAAGCAUUUCAAGAGUUCUGGUAGAGAUGUUCAGUUAAGAGCUGCAUGUAAUAGCCUGAUAUCACCUGGCAGCAGAAUUCUACCCAGUGCUGUAAACUGGCAGCUUUUUCCAUAUGAAUUAGCUGUGGAUUUGUGUUUGAAAAGUCAAAAACUACAGAUGCUGGAAAACUGAAGUAAAACAAAAAAUGCUGGCAACACUCAGCUGGCCAGUAGCAGCUGUGGACAGAGAAAUAGAAUUCAAGAUGAAGACCUUUCCUCAGAAUCGGUGAAGAGUCUUCAACCUGAAGCAUUCACUCUGUUCCUCUUUCCACAGAUGUUCCCUGACCUGUGGAGUGUUUCCACCAUUACCUGUUUUUGUUUUCGGGUACACUGCACAGCAUUGCUGUUAAUUUAAUGUUUUGAGUGGAAAUUUCUAUUCUAUUUCUAUCUGUGAAUGUAUUUUGAAAUUCUCCAUUAAAAAAAAUAAAGACAGACUUUCAUGGUACGGACAUUUUCCAAAGUAGAACUCAGUUUUAAAAAAAUGACAGAUUUUCUUCAAUCAGCUUUCUUUUGGGUAUGCUGUAGAAAAUUGUAGAAAUCCCUCAGCUUUUCAGGAUGAAUUCUGCUGUUCUGGGAGAAUACUCAUCGUGGAUGUAAGAUAGUGAAUUUGGAGGCACAAAGUGACUUCCUGUGGUUUUUUGCCCAGGGUUUGGUAUCGUGCUACAAGAACUUUCAUUUGGCAUGGGGUUUGGAAGCACCCAAAUGUAUUUUGAAGGAGUAAUCUGAUUUUUCAAUGUUGUAUUCUCUUCACCAAUUUCAUCCCAUCAAUGAUCCCUCAGUUCAUGAGUGUCUUUGCAGUUUUUAAGACAUUUGUAAAACGGUCCUCCUGACCAUUAACAGUUCCCAGUUCUCCCACCUUUCCACCUAGGUAUCCCCCUGAUGAUUCAAAUCUCGCUGCUGGAUUUAAGAGGCAAGAUUUCUCCUGACUGCUGAAGACCAAUAUCUUGUAAGCUUUUGCCCAAGUUUCCUAGGCACACAACUGAGAGUCUCAUAGGCCACAUACAAAAUUGAUUUCCCUCCACCACAAGCAUGUUCCUUUAGAGGAAUUUCUUUAGCCAGAGGGUGGUGAAUCUGUGGAAUUCAUUCAAUGGAUGGCUGUAGAGGCCAAGUAUUGUGUGUAUUUAAGGUGGAGGUUGAUGGGUUCUUGAUUAGUAAGGGUGUGAAAGAUUACGGGAGAAGGCAGGAGAAUAAGUUUGAGAAGAAUGACAAAUCAGCCAUGAUUGAUUGGCAAAGGAGACUUAAUAGGUGGAAUGACUUAAUUCUGCUCCUAUGUCUUAUGGUUUGUUUGUUGAAACUGGUGGUGCUGUGAUCUCGAAUAUAUGACCCAAAAGGCUGGGUAGGUGAAGUUGGAACUAGCCUUCAAGAAUUGGUUGAUCGGUGAAAGACUUUGAUCUUAUGGAUCAGGGGAAAAAAGCUCAGAAAAAUUGAAAAGUGGAGAUGGAGUGGGCUGUUCUUCACCACUUCAAUGAGUCAAGCCUGACCUGUGAUCUAACACCAUCUCUAUUAAUCUCUCUUGAUAUUUUAAUUUAACAGAAAUAUAUUAAUGUCAGAUUAACUUUUAUCCCUCUAUGCUCAUAGAUAUCAUAGAUAGCUUUAAUAUCAUUGAACUAUGUCAUGAAAUUUGUUAACUUCAUGGCAGCAGUACAAUGAAAAACAUGAUAGAUAAAUAUGGAGUAAAAUACUAAGUUACAUUAAGUAUAUAUAUGUAUGUCUAUUAAAUAGUUAAGUUAAAAUAAGUAUUACAAAAAACACAAAUGAAAAAAGUAGGUCAUGUUCAUAGGUUCAAUGUCCAUGUAGAAAUUGGGUGGCAGAGGGGAAGAAGCUGUUCUUGAAUCGCUGAGUGUGUGCCUUCAGGCUUUUUUUUUUACCUUUCUGUUGGUAAAAACGAGAAGGGGGCAUGUUCUGGGUGGUGGGGAUCCUUAAUGAUAGACGCUGUCUUUCUGAGGCACCACUACUUGAAGAUAUCUUGGAUACUACGGAGGCUAGUACCAAUGAUGAUAUAUCUUCCUGUUUUAUACUGAAAGUCAAUGACCAAAAACCUUAACACUCCAAUAAGGUGCUUCCUUCCAUCUCUCCUAUAAUGCCUCCUUAAUACCUGGAAAACCUAAGUUAUUGCUAAGCUUCUAAAUUCCAAAAGCUACACCUGGAAUAGUUCAUAUCCAAGACAUGAUUUCAGCCAGUGGGAAGACUUCUCUGCAGUUCCCACCAAGUCCAAUUUUAUUGCAUAAUUUUUAAAUUUUCUCUCUACAAACUUAGCUUUGGGCUAUUUUCCUUUGUACAAUCCAGCUACAAUCUUUACUGUGCCUUCCAUAUCAAACCAUCUCAUUUUCUUGCUUCCCUAGUUCAAAGUAAAUUUAUUAUCAAAGUAUACAUAUAUCACCAUAUACAACCAUAGAGAUUCAUUUUCUUGUGGGCCUACUCAAUCAACAAGUUUUGAAUCAUAUUCAUCUACCCCAUCUCCCCAUGCAAAUUGAAGCAGUACUCAGUUGGAUCAUUCCUGGCAGUAAGCAGACUGUUUCUCCUUUAGAACACAAGAUACAAGAGAAGAAUUAGGCUAUUUGGUCCAUUUAAUGUGCUCCGUCAUUCGAUCAUGGCUGACAUUUUUUCGCCCCAUUUUCCCACCUCCUCUCCAUAACCCUUUACCCCCUUUCAGCAGUAUUCUGAAGAACGGUCUUUAGUCUCAGUAAGUCAAAGGUUAGCUCUGGCUGCAUGUUGUUGCCAGUUGAAGGAUUCAAAUUAUUGGCAUGUUACAACAGUUUUGGUUUUGCAAUUCAACUUCAUUUUGGUCAAUAUUCUUUGCAGCCUCUGGGUCUGUGAAGUCCCAUGACGUUCAUCCCAGAAGAAAAUAUGGCCUUUGAAUCAGGGUAGGAAUGAUGUCCAUUAUUAUGUUACUGUCUAUACUAUCAAUAAUCUUAAUUAUAGAAUAAACAAUGCAUUAACAAUAUCCCAUUUAGUAGACACCAGUGCCAAAAUAGGUCCCCUUUACACUGUAGUAGUCCUGUUGAAAGUGACCAUCAAUAUCCCUUUUGAAUUUCAUCCGUAACAUCCUGCUCGAGUCAAAAGCUGUCCAUCACGUGAACUGAAGGAUACAAGCAUGGGAUCAUUGGAGAAGUGCUUUUGAUUCUUUGUAAAAGAAAAACAAUUUUUCAGCAGCUGGAGGAGUAAAUUUGUACACAUUAAGAAUUGGUGAAUUCUUAAUGAGCAAGUAAGAACAAGCAAGUUCUGAGGAUGGUCUGAAAAUAAUUUCUUAUUAUCUGUAUCACUGUUAGCUACUUACACAGAAAUAUUUUUGUGAUGUAAUGGUAGAAGCAAUAUUUAGAUGUUAACCAAAGCCGCUCAUUUAUAAAUAGACUGGAUCAGUGGUUUUGCUUUUACCCAUCUUUGUCAAUUCAAUGUCAGUAUUGGCAGGACUUAAAAUCAGCCAUGCACCCAAUGUAACAGAUAAAAAUUACACGUGUGACCAUUUGUUGUGAGCCACACAUUUUACCUUCUGGCUCAAAGUUUUUAUUCAACAGCUGAGAUGCAGAGAGCUGACGGGACCCCAUGUUUAGAUCCCAUCUAAAGGGAUGUGGAGUUCACUUUGCUAUGAUGAUAUAUGGGUAAUAAAAGUGUGAGCUUUAAAACACAAGCCAGCCAAGUAGAUACCUCUCAAGGUCUUGAAAGCUUGCAAUGAAGAGUGGAAUACCAGAAUUGAAGCAGUGCCCAUGGGAGUACAAUUACACUGUCCUGUGACUAAGGAUUAUCAGAGUUCAAUUAAUGCAGGAAGAAUGGCCCUUUAGGUGCUUAGAGCACUGACAUAGCUCCAAUGAACCUUAAAAAUACAGUCAUUGAAUACAAUUGAACUGAACUAAAAAGUUUAUUUGAUAUCAUUCAGAAAGUUUCUGUGUAGUCUAUAUGGUGCUGGUGAUUAAAUGUUAAAGAGUGCUUCCAACUAUCUGGAUGGGUAGAAGUUGAUUUUGGCUUCAGUUGAACUGAACUACGUGUUUUUCUUUUUAUAAUUAAAUACUGAUGAUAGUUUGCACUUAUAAUUGAAAAUAUUAGAAAUUUACCAAUUGACUGUAUUUAAUAACUGCCAAACAGUAAAGUCUAUGAAUCAUACUGAUUCUCUGUGCUUCAUUUAUUUGGCUCCUCUGUUUCCAAGAGUGGGAACAGAUAGACUUAAGGUUAUGUCUCUGGCCAAUAAGGAAAUACAAGGACAUUAAAUAUUU